AACCUGGGCUGUUUUACCGACGCGGAAUUCGUUGUGAUGUGAUUUUUAAAUUAAUUCUCGUACAUUUUUAAACGUCAACGGUUUAUCAGAGCUGCAGCUUCUAACCUCAAUUGUUCAACAGACACGCAACAGUUUUAUGCGCAAAGUGUAGUUAUUAGAAAUCUAUACGUGUAUAGUUUAUAUACUUGUACAUAAAACCGUGAUUGUUAACAAGUAAUUAUAAACAAGUGACUUAAAGUAUGUUGGGAUUUCAUACACUUUUUAAUAAAGGAAGGUGUUCAGUUAUUGGGAUGGUACAUGUUGGUGCAUUGCCUGGAUCACCUAUGUAUGGUGGUGAUACAAGGAAAAUUUUAGAUAAUGCUAUAAAGGAAGCAUUAAUAUAUAAAGAUUGUUAUGUUGAUGGUAUCUUGGUGGAAAACAUGCACGAUAUUCCAUAUGUAGGGCCCAAAGAUAUAUCUCCAGAAACUACAGCAUUUAUGACAAGAAUCUGUACAGAAAUUAAAAGAGCAUUACCUGAUAAUUUACCUUGUGGUGUACAGAUUUUAGGAGGAUGUAACAAAGAAGCAAUGGCUGUAGCAAAAGCUGCUGAUUUUCAGUUUAUUAGAGCAGAAGGAUUUGUUUUUUCUCAUAUUGCAGAUGAAGGUUUUACAGAUGCAUGUGCUGGCUCUUUAUUGAGGUACAGAAAGCAGAUUGAUGCAGAGGAUGUUCUUGUUCUUGCUGAUAUUAAAAAAAAACAUAGUUCACAUUCAAUCACUUCUGAUGUAAGCUUAUCAGAAACAGUAAAAGCAGCAGAAUUUUUCUUAGCUGAUGGAAUAAUACUGACGGGAACUGCUACUGGUGAUCCAGCAAGUGCAGCAGAACUUAAAGAAGUAAAAGAAAUUGCCAAAGGACCUGUUCUUAUUGGUUCUGGGGUAUCAAUAAGUAACAUAGGAAAUUAUUUAUCAUCAGAUGCAGUGAUUGUAGGAUCAUAUUUUAAAGUAGAUGGAAAAUGGCAAAAUCCAAUAGAUAAUGAAAAAGUAUAUAAUUUCAUGAGAAUAUUACAAAAACUGCAGAAUCCAAAAUAAUAUUUUAAAUAAUGCUUUUUUAAAAAUUAUAUUUUUCUUAUACAUAUAUAUAAAUAAACACAUUUUAUUUUUAAAAGGAACAAAUUUUUUUUGUUACAAUAAUCGGUGAUAAUCGAAACUCCCAGCGAAAUGACAAAAAAAUUAAUUGUAAGGUAAAGCGGAAACACAGGUAACCGGUUUCAAGGGAACCUGUCCUACACAGUGCAUGAAUAGGCUUUUAAUGGUGGGGUGUAAACCCAGACCUUAAACUGAAUUUAUUAUUAUGGAGCAUUAACCUGUAUUUCUUAGAAGAAUUUAUUUAAAGAGGCUAGGGAUUUACAAAUAUAACAUAAUCUUUCAGUUUUUAACAUAACACACGAUAACUAAUUUUGUACAGAAAUCAAUUUUAUAUAUUUAGACGUUAGUUUAAAUCCAAAUUUAAAUUUACGCGCCAUUAUUUAUUGUUUUCCCGCGCUUUUGUUCGCGGCAACAGGCAUUCCCCGGGAAGAGUAGGAAACAAUGGUGAAUUUGUUGAAAAAAAAUUAAAUUUAGGAAGAAAAAUGAUAGAGGAACUUAUUUUUAUUUUUAUCCUUGAAACAGUCAAAUUAUUUUUAUACCAUUCAUAUGUCACACAUCUUCAGCUGUGAUUUAUGUGUUUAGAAAUUAUAGUACAUGCCAAGUGUAAAUGUAAAUAUUGAAAACAUGCCAAUUCAGUUUUUGUGUUUAUAAUUAAUGUAAAUAAAUAUUUAAAAUUUUAUACGUAUACACAAAUGAUGCGAUAGACAGUAACAAAUUAUUCACUUGCAAAAGAAGACCAAUAUAGAUCUAUGUACAUAUUUUGAUAGAAAUAAAACUGACAGAAAUAAACAAUAGGUUAAUGAUGAAUUAUAUAUAAUAUCGUUAACGAUACAGAUUCGUAUAUAUCUUAUAUCUUAUCUAUUUCUACUAUUUCUAUUGGCAAAGAAUUUUCUUCCGCUUGUGAAACGGUAAUCGUGAAAUUUUUGGCAUGUUUUCAAUCAAAUAAAACUCGGCCCGUGUAAAUUCAAAUCUUCAAUUACGUACGAACGAAUAUUUUAAACGAACUACGUUAUCUCAUUUAUAUAUUCAUUUGCCUUGUUCAACGUACACGGUGCGUUUCCAAUCAUUUUCGAUUCAAAAGAAAAAAACGAUACGUUUUUAUCAUAACAUUGUUUUCGUAUUUCUCUGAUAGUUAAUUAUCACUGUAUAUGCAUAUAUCGCAUACAAAAAAGGUCCGCGAAAUGCGUUUCAUGGUUUUUGUUGGAAGUAUCAGUAAAUGACUCAAAAUUAAUGACAAAAAAACGGAGUACGCGAUACUGGGUCGUAGGAAACAAAAAAUUUCUCAUAUAGCUUGGUUACUGCCGUGCAUUGACUCGUAUCAAUUCAACAGGGAAAUGGAGGGAUCCCCCAACAGUAUUGACAGGGUUGCCUCGCGCAGGCGUCUAGUUGUUGGUUAGACUGCCACUAUGCCACUGCUCGACAGUGGUAUCCCAACCUCGUCCUGUCCACUAUACAAUCCAUUUUCAUCAGAAUUCAUUAUAUUUACAAACAACAAACAAUUUUAAUUACUGAUUAUUUUUCAACAACAUAAUUACAAUAAGAAAUCAAAGUUGAGGAUUAUCUGUAUAAUGUUCAAUUUUUUAUUUCAUUCUCCUCUUGCAUGAAUUCUUAAUUUCUCAUGCAUUAUCUCUUAUCCCUUAUCUAAUGUUCCUUGAUCCUAUCACAUAAUCUCUUUUUACCUCUUUAAUCUCUAAAUAACAAUGUAAUUACAAAUAUUUAUAUUUAUCAAAUAAACUUUGUACGAUAAGGAUGAAAGCGUUAAAUCAGUUGUUUAUACUCGAGAUGAUAUAAUAAUGUAUUGUAAUCUGUGAUCAAUUGGUAGUUUUCAUUUUGAGAAACACUGCUACAUAUGAUGCCAUCUUGCCACUAUGGGCAACGAUGUCGCUAUGAGGUAAAUGAAACUGCUUCAAGGAAACGCAUAGCGGCUGGAUGGAUCGAGCUGGUCAAUUCUAAUGAACGAAAUGCUUUGUCUUCGAGCCUGGUAAUAUUUGCUUUCCAGGAACGGUUACGGUUUUUCGCGAAGUAACGGAAAUUUAAUGGAUGCUAGGUAAAAAGGAAGUUUUCCAAGUGUCCUAGCAUUAACAGCGACCAGCAGCUGUUCGCCCAGCUGAGCGUUCCCCCACCCAGGAUUUUGUCAUCACCGACGGAUCAAUGAAUCAGCGGGCCACCCGCUAUAUUUUCGAUUCGAAAUCUCGUUGGGAGUUAUUCAGAAACGCCAGUUGGUCGUUAAAUUACGAAAUAUUGUUGUUAUAUCAAUGGACGUUGCUAAAAGCAUACAGAAUCCUAAGUAACCGGUCUGAAGGUCAGCAUAAAAAUAAAAACACAAAAAUACUUUGUCCACCGCUCUUUGAUCCCUGUAAUUCAGGAAUACGGUAUUUUUAAAAUGUUUCUCAGAAGUUUUUUUAUAGUGAAUUAUUAUACCGGUGCUACACUAUCUAUACUGUAUUUAAUAUAUAAAUAACAACAGUUAAGUGUCACACUA